CGCCAAAAUCAUCCCACAGCGUGCAUGGUGCUAGGUCUGGAGCGGUAAUGCGAGUCUGGAUUAGCCUUUCACGCAUGAUGUUAUCCUGCUCAUCAUAUCCGCUCGCUAAGGAGCUUGUUGAGAUAAUAGUCUUAUCCUGGUCGUUCCGCGUCUGUUGACAAUCUUUGAAUCUAGCGACUUUUUUCUACUCUCAGCAUUCACGAACACGAUAAAGCGUUCGGCACUCGUCUCUCACAACUAGAUUGUGACUGAGAUCAUACGGGACUGUACAGAACAUCGCAAUCCGUGCAACCACCGCCACUGCCGCUACCAUGGUUUUCUUCUCGCGCUCCAAGAGUUUGUCAAGAAAGGAUUCCAAAAAAGUCAACGUUACUGCCGAAAGCAAGUCAGAGCCAGUGCCUUCAAUGCCAGGACAGGUGACAGCUGCUCAGCAGCUAAUCGGUCACGCUGUGGCCACCAGCACAACUAGCAAUGCAACUUCUCGAUAUAGCAUACCAUUGCCCAGGCGGGCUAAUGGAGCCACAUACUUCUCCAAGAACAUGAAGGUCAACGAGGUCCCCGUGACUCUCGUGCACAGCGACUUCAAGCCGGCUCACAGUUCUUCCGACUCUGGCUAUGGUUCCGUAGUACCCUCGCGAGCGGCAAGCGAGCGCAACGCCAACAUUGACGACUCUGGAUCCAACGACGGCUCACACGUCUCCACGAACUCUGCUGAGCCCGCCGAUGCCAGUGCUGUCCGGCGAUCGUGGUCAGAAAAGCUGCAAAAUCGCCAAUCCGGAUCAGAUAUUGCCAGCGUAGCUUCAAAUAUACCUCCCAUCUCCAUCCUCGAGGGCUACAAAAUCAACAAGAAAGGCCUCAUUCUCGACGAGGAACGCGAGGUGAUUGGCAAGCUGGUCGAUGGCGACAUCAUGGAUUGCGUGCGCCAGAGGGUCAAUGCAUACGGCGAGGUCGUCGAUGAGUAUGGCACGGUCAUCGGAGCAGUUCGCGCAGUUGACAACAAAGCGGUUGCAGCGCGCGGUCGUCGAGUCUCUCGUUCACCAGAUGGCGCGCCCGUCAUCGCUGCCCCAACGCCUCUGCGCUACUCACAGAUUCAGCUCGAUUCACCUGCAUUGACAGAAUCUGCCGCGGCGGUGAAGGAGAGCGAAGAGCUCGCUUCGGCCGUCAUUGAACCUCACCAGAUCACUGUCCCCGCGUCUAUCGAGCAAAACGAGAUCAUCCUUCCUACCGUGAGCUCCGACAACACCGCUCGUCGCUCGCCUGAUGCGCUUGACCAGCAGGACGCAAACCGUGCCUUCACUCCCACCCAAUACUUUCCCACGCAACGAGAACAAUCAUUCCGUCGAUCAUCACGAUCAGCCAGCGAGCGAAGUCUGUCAGAUCUUUCGAAGCCGUUUGCCCGACCAGCCAUGAACCCUGUUCCCGAAGACAUCGUUGCCGACGAAGACACCAUCAUGCCCUGCAACGGCAGCGCAUUCCAGUACAAAGGCGCCAUCCCUCUCCGCGAUGUCCCAAAACAAGCAUAUUUCCAAAAGUCGUCCACAGCGGCCGGCAAGCGACCUGCAAACCUCGCACGCCACGUCUCAACAGGAUCUAUCCCAGGAACGCCCGUGUCGCGCCCAAGCAUGCCACAGCGACACUCUUCCAGCUCCAUCCGACGCGGUCCUAAUUUCAGCUUAGACUCUACCGUCAGUGAUUACGAUGCAUACACUGCCGAGGCUGCCGAAUCAGAGGAACAGCCCAGAUACACGCCCUACAGCCACUCCCGCGCACCUUCCAUCAUGACAAACUACACCACUUCCUCGGCCAAAACGCGCACCUACUUCACUCACGCCGGCAGAAUCACUGUGUCGGACGACUCACCCGUCCCGACCGUGCCUACAGGAUACGAUGUCGAUGUUGCUGCGAGGGCCGCUGAUGCCAAGCAAAAUGAGGUGGAGAAACAAAAGAAGAAAAAGAAGACAUUCUCCAUCAGCAGCAAAGUCCGUCAGGUGGUCGCUGCGUAUUGAUCGGGGAGAGAACAUUCGUCUCCACUUUGUUCUGGUCUCCAAACUUCUUUUAGGCGGUUUGAUUUGGGAGGCGGCUUGUUUCUUCUAUGCGAUUAGGGGUUCUUGGGAGCAAUGAAACGACAAAGUGCUUGACUUGUAUGAAAAGGUUUUUCAUACGGAAGCACUAUUAUUUCGGGUCUUGGAUUUUGGGAACUGGGAUUGGGUUUCUUUUGUUAUGCACUCACGCUUACGAAACGGCGUUUUCACGGUAGUUGUCGGGGUGGAUACCCUGAGCCAUCUCUCUCUCUCUCUGAAUAGCAUCCGAUCUGUACACAUUCUACGAAUUCACAUCACGAUUCACUUGACUUCAACGCGACUUUGGGGCAUUCCUUAGCAUUCUACCGCGUUUUUGACAUGAAAAAUCAUCACCAUUCUGCGUUCACUCACA